ACUGUCGCGACGAAAACGCGUUGUACUACUGGACCGCAACAUCAAUGUUAUUAUCAUUCGGUUAUCGCAGUUAUCCCUUGGAUGCAACAUCAAUAUAGUUACCACCGGGGCUCGCGAUCAUCCCCCUACGUAUACUUUCAAGUAAGUCAGCAGCGGCGUAUCCCCACGAAACUCCCUUCGUCGGUUUGCGAUCAAUACUCGGUGCUCGGGACGGAGCGUGCAGCGAUUUUGUUGUACUCGCGAGUACCGUGCAUACUUUCGUGGCCGUCUCGAGUUCUCCGACGAAUAUUCCGCCUGAUAUGCGAUACAAACUUUCCGCGUGUACGCUCGUCUCUUCGGUGCGAAAUAAAUAUUUCUUUACAUCCCGUGCGCAAAGUGUUAUCCUGCAUAAAUGCCGCGUUUUGCGAGGAACGUUACUGUCUGGGGAAAUCUCGGGAAACACGUUGAGAGUGUGAUCGCUGAAUUUUUCAUUCUACAGCGCGCCUAGGCGCGCGAUACUCCCGCAAAGGACAAAACGGCGAAAAUGAAGAGACAAAAUGUUAGAACUCUGUCGUUGGUAGUGUGCACUUUUACGUAUCUUCUCGUUGGCGCCGCGGUGUUUGACGCCCUCGAAUCGGACACUGAGAGGAAACGCUGGGAAUUUCUCUCGGAGAUACGCCGUAAUAUGAUGAAGAAGUACAAUAUCACGCCGGAGGACUACAAGAUGGUCGAAAUUGUAAUAAUAGAGAACAAGCCACAUAAAGCGGGGCCGCAGUGGAAGUUUGCGGGUGCCUUCUAUUUUGCUACUUUAGUAUUAGCCAUGAUUGGUUACGGGCAUUCCACUCCUGUGACCAAAACCGGGAAGGCGUUUUGUAUGGUGUACGCAAUGGUGGGAAUUCCUUUGGGACUGGUGAUGUUCCAGAGCAUUGGCGAGCGAUUGAACAAGUUCGCAUCGGUCGUGAUCAGACGAGCAAAGACGUAUCUCAGGUGUCAAAAAACCGAAGCUACAGAGAUGAAUCUUAUGCUGGCGACCGGUCUGCUUUCGAGUAUAAUUAUUACGACAGGUGCCGCAGUGUUUUCGAGAUACGAGGGCUGGAGUUACUUCGAUAGCUUUUAUUACUGUUUUGUAACGCUCACGACUAUAGGUUUCGGUGAUUAUGUCGCUCUCCAGAAUGAUCAAGCGCUCUCCAACAAACCUGGAUACGUGAUUUUGAGUUUGAUCUUCAUCCUAUUUGGCUUGGCCGUAGUCGCCGCCAGUAUUAACUUGCUCGUAUUGCGGUUCAUGACGACGGAUUCGGGUGAGGCGCGCCGCGAAGACACCGAGAUGCAAUCCGCCUCGCAUCACGUUUUAACGUUGGACGGCGAGGUUGUGGCGGUAAACGGAAAGCUCCUGGCCAGCCACAUGCCCAUCAUGCACGACACGGACGAUUGCGUGAGCGUAUGCUCCUGCACCUGUCUGGGCCCGACGAAUUCCGAGCUGCUGGAUCCCUCCGGGUAUCAGGGUUACCGACCACCCCCGACUUCUGCCAGUCUACGGAUGAAGCGCGCGUCCGUCUGAUGGAGGGAGUUUCGUCGUCGCAGCUUACGUCGCCGAUUCUCCAAGGCCGACAGCCGGGAGUUGCUCGGCAUCGAUGUUUAAGAUUGCUGAUAUUCCUCGCACAAAACCUCCUCGUAAGAGAAUACCGCGCACUGUGAUACAUCCACGAAGGACAAUUUGUAACGUUUGGCAAAGAUUUUCACCCUCUGUGUGGAAAGUAAAAUUAGAAAAGACAAACUGCCGUUUAGAAAAAUGUUUGAUGUUUGAUACGUGUGACCAGAACUCUGAUUGUUGACCGUUGUUCGAAUCCUGAUGGCUAAAGCUUGAAGAGGGACGCUUGAAUAACGUGUUCCUGCCGCGCAUUUCCUGAUGACAUUAUAUCGUCACGUAUCCCUGAACAAGUUGAUUCAUUUUGAUAAUUAAUGUUGCUCAACUAUAUCGACUCCUGAUGCAUGUUGUAUAUGUAAUCCGCGUGUUACGUGUAACGCUCGAUUUGUCAAGUGAACGUGACAAAUCGUAAUAAUCGUUUCAAUCGGUAAACAUGAAUACGAAACCUCGAUCAUUCGAAUAUCUAGGGUGGUGAUCUUUGUAAUAUUGUAAUAUUGUAUCUUUAAAAAAAGUGAAACAUCUAUAAUAAACCUCAAAAGGAACGUACGCGAGUUAUCGGAUCGCAGAUUAUCUAAAAACAUGAUGGCGCAUUUAUAUAAUACCGUAGUAUUGUCAAUGUUGCAUUAAUAUAAAAUAUGUGCAAAGUGAAGAAGCAUAAAUUGCUUGAAUAUAAUCUAGAGGUUUUCACAUUUAAUCUUACGUUACUCGCGUGUAAGAUACAUCCCAGCCUUAGAAAUUUACUAAAUUUGCAGAGUAAAAACUUUUUAUCGAUCGAAUGCUGCACAAAUUGUUUCACAAUUAGAGAAAGCUUUGCACUUUAUUUAAAAAAUAUAUAGAAUAUUAUCAACCUUUAUUUAACUGUAAAUUAAAAAAAAAAA